AUGGCGCUCGCGCUCGUCUACAACGUCUACCACGACAACCGCCGCUACGUGCGCAUCGCCGAGGCGAACGGCGGCCAUGCGCCUCCCGAGGCCCGCCUCCUGGCGUGCGUCGUCGGCGGCUUCGCGCUGCCCGCGAGCGUCGCCGCGGGCGUGCCGUUUAGGUUUGGCAUGGUGCUGGUGUCUAUAAGCGUGAUCAACUACCUCGUCGACUCGUACACCGUCUUCGCGGCGUCGGUCAUGGCGGGGAACUCCGUCUUGCGGUCGCUGUUCGGCGCCGCCUUUCCGCUCUUCACGACCCAGAUGUACCAGAAGCUGGGAAUCCACUGGGCGUCGUCGCUCGCCGCCUUCCUCUCUGUGCUGUGCCUGCCAUUCCCCUUUCUCUUCUACAAGUACGGCGAGGCCAUACACGCGAAAUGCAAAUACUCUACUUAG